AUGGCGGAUGACGAAGAUGACGAUCUGGUCGUGGCAGAGGUGGACGUUUAUUUGGCCCAGACUUUGGCCAACAACCUCUACUUGUUUCAGUAUCCAGUCCGUCCAGCUGAUAUUACUUAUGAUAAUAUCCCUCAUAUUGGAGCAAGAAUCAAACCAGACCAGCAAAAGGUUGAACUUGAACUGUCAAUAAACACAAGUAGUGAUGACUAUUAUGCACCCAGAGGAGAACAAAUUGCACAUAAUGUGAAUGGUUCUGCUCUGUUAUCUGCCUCUGAAGGAAAAGAAUCAUUUUUUUCCAGUGAUAAGAUGGAUAAACAAGUGCUUUCUUCAUCAAGAGCCUCAGAGGAUGUGAGUCGAUAUUCUGUGGGCAUUCUCAAAGGAGGAGAGUUGCACCUGACACCUGUACAUGGUGUAUUACAGCUCAGGCCAAGUUUUGAAUAUCUUAACAAAGGUGAAGCAAAUGUGAAUCAGGCUUCCAAUCCUACAGAUGAAGGAGAUUCGCAAGAUGAGGAAGAGGAGGCAAAACCACUCACUGUCAAGUUUGCACGCCCUGAAACAGAGCGAGCAAAGGCUCAGCGGCUGUCAUCUUUUAAAUACUUGGAGCAAAAGAAAGCAGAAGAACCCUGGAAAACCAUGGAAUUUUAUAAUCCUCAGAAUGAUAUUGCUGGUGUAGAACAUAGUUUGUUAUUUUGUCGAGAAAUGGAAUCAGAGUCACCAGAGUUCAACCUCCAUCCAAGGGAUUACUUGAAGUUAUUGACUCCAUCUACUUCUCAGGAAGAAAGUUCCAAGCCACCUGUACCCAGUAAUGUGUUAUCCAUGACACAGCUCAAGACUAUGGACUUGGCAGAUCAAGUCAGGGCUCUUCUUAUCAAGGCCAAAGUGAUCAGUUUCUCACAGCUGUGCAGACUCUUGUCCCCAGCAGCAAAGGAAGCAUCAGUGUUGAAAUGCUUACAGCAAUAUGCUGUCCUGGUGCAGGGUUGCUGGGUAGUGAAAAGUGAGUUGUUGUAUCCAGAGGGAACCAUCAGUCCUAGUGGUGGAAUUGCUGCUGAUAUUUUAUGCAAAGGAAGAGACUAUUUA